CUUCCCCCUAUCGACCCUUGGGUCCUCGCCCCCCACUUUUCCUCCCUGGCGGCGCCAUGGAGCGUGAGAAGUCUUUGUGGUACAUCUGCCGGGAGGCUGCGUGGAGCGCCUCCCAGUCGAUGGAGGACCCGCUAGUGCAACAACAGGCAGCUGAAGGAGCAAUCCUACGAGCGAAGGCGGCCUUUGUCGCGUAUCCCUUAGAUGUCCUCAAGACCCAGGUGCAAUCGGGGCAUCCGCGCUACAACCGGCUCACGCGCUUGCCGUGCCUCGUCAAGGAUUACAAGCUGAAGAUCUUCCGGGGCUACCCAGGAGUUGGUGCCAAUUCCUUCCUCAUGGGCGCUUUGAUGUUCGGUGGCUACCGAUUCUUCGACAACUUUUGGGCCUUGUACCAGGCCUGGACCUUCAAGGAGUCUGUCCUUCAGAUCCAUCUGCACCAGGUGCCCGACUACUGGCGCCCGGCCGUGGCGGGCGGCAGUAUCGGCGCGCUGUGCGGGCUGGCGGCGACGCCGCUGGAGCAGGUGAAGACCAUCAUGGCGCUGCAGGAGACCUGGCUGAAGGAGCGCAAGAUCACCAAGCGAAUCUAUGGCUCGGUGCUGCAAGGCGCCUGGAAGGCACCUUUGUCCCUGAAGUUCUAUGCUGCCACACCGCUGGUGAUCCGCACGGCGCUCUUCGAUAGUCAGCUCUUCUUCUACAACAGCCGGCUUCGUGAGUGGCUCCACAGCGGCGCCUGCCCUGAGAACCUCCAGUUCCUUGUGAGCACCUUGGGCUUCAUGCUGGCGGGCCUCGUGGGCGCCACCGUGAACUACCCCUUCGAUCGUGUGAAGGGGCACAUGAUGGGCCGCGCCUUCCAGGCCUCCAUCGGCGAGAAGCCGAAGGAGAGCACCUACGGCGCUUUUGCCUCGGUGGUGCGGCGCCACGGCUGGGCGGGGCUCUUCCACGGGCUGCCCACGCGGUCCGUGCUCCACGCGGUGGUCUGGUGCGUGGUGGGCGCUGGACGGGAGCUGUGCGAGCGCGGGGGGCUCCGGGAGCGGGCGAAGGAGAAGAGCGCCGCCCUGGGUCGCAGUCGCACCCUGAGUGCCUGACGCGACCGCGAAGAGCGGCCCUCGACAUCCCCAACGAUCCUGCGGGUGAUUGGCCCGUGGCGGGGGGGCGAAGGAAUGGACGGAGUCUUCCACAUCUCAAAGGGAUGCGGGGUGCUUUUUUGGCAUGAAAACGCCCUGCCCGCCUACCCAAUGGCGAUGGC